UUUCGGACCUCAAUGGCUAUGCGGGUGUGGCUUAAAACUGCGUCAACAAAUGUCCGCACCGGAUAUGUUUAUGCGGAAACGCAAGGGAGAAGGGUCGAAACUCGAACGCAUUACCUCGACUCCUCGUGUGGCAUCAUCUCCUUCAACGCAUCGUGAUAGAAUCCAAAGCACUUAAAAGCAUACAACUCCUCCAGGUUAUGCUCCUCUCCACCUCCUUCAACAAGCUCUCCUUUAGAUUCCUCAGAGGCAUAUCAUCGUCCCUUCCCUUCGUCCUCCACCAGCAUCCCCCAACGUGUUCGACGAAAUGCCUCAACGAAAACUCCCACGACUCCAGGGAGGAAACUCUAAUUUCCUUGUUCAAAUCGUGCUCCACCAUGAGAGAACUCUCUCAGAUCCACGCCCAGAUCAUCUCCGCCGGUUUCGAUCAACACGUGUACGUGAUCGGUAGAUUAAUCUCGUUCUGCUGCGUGUCGGAGAACGGAUCGAUGGAUUACGCGUCUCUCGUGUUCGAACAAUUGAAUUGGCCGGAUGGGUUCUUGUACAACACCAUGAUUAGAGGAUUGGGGAGAGUCGAUAGAGACGAGGAUGCGCUGUUGUUCUUUAAAAGAAUGCGAGAGCGCGGUAAAGCCGCCGAUAACUUCACCUUCGCAUUCCUUCUCAAGAUUUGCGGGCACAUGACGGCCGUUGAAUUGGGUAGGCAGAUCCAUUGCUGCAUUGUGAAGCAUGGAUUGGAGUCGAAUGUAUAUGUUUGCAACACACUGAUCCAUAUGUAUGGAUUGUUUAGGGAGAUUAGCGCUGCGAGUCAGGUGUUUGAAGAAAUUACUAGUAGGGACUUGGUCUCGUGGAAUACACUCAUUGAUGUGUACGUGAGCUGCGGCGAGUACAAGGAGGCGUUGAGGAUGUUUCUUAGGAUGAGGAGAGAUGGUUUCAAUCCCGAUGAGGCUACGUUGGUUGUGACUCUCUCGGCGUGUUCGGAAUUGGGCGCUCUGGAUUUUGGAAGAUGGGUUCAUUCCAACACAAUCCACCAAACUGUAUCUGUUUCCAACUCUUUAAUCGAUAUGUACGCAAAGUGUGGAGCCAUCGAAAGCGCGCUUCGAGUGUUUGACAACAUGGCGAGCAGGAACAUCGUCUCGUGGAACUCGAUGAUACUAGGACUUGCGCUGCAUGGGCAUGUCAACAAGGCAUUAUUGCUUUUUAAUAAGAUGCUUGAAGAAUGCGAAUUCCAAGAGCCGAACGACAUUACGUUCUUAGGAGUUCUUUGCAGCUGUAGCCACGGAGGGCUUGUGGAAGAAGGGCGGAUGUACUUCAACAUGAUGAGGAGGGACUAUGGUGUGACUCCUAACAUAAAGCAUUAUGGGUGCAUGGUCGACCUUCUUGGAAAAGCCGGACUUCUGCAAGAAGCAUAUGAGCUUGUAAGGAGCAUGCCGAUGGAGGGGAAUGCGGUGGUGUGGAGGACGUUGUUGGGGGCGUGCCGAGUUCACGGGAACAUUGAACUUGGCCAGCGAGUUCUUGAGCAUCUCAGAGAGUUGGAGCCUGAUCACAGCAGUGACUACGUUCUUCUCUCGCACAUGUAUGCUGGAGCUGGAAGAUGGAAUGAUAUGUUGCAUAUAAGAGAGGUGAUGAGAGGAAGAGGAGUUCAGAAGCCUGAGCCUGGUUUGGGUGUGCUUUCCUGCGCCGAGCAUUAGAAACAGAGUAUAUGACGACAGCGGCUGUUGCUAAAGAAGCUUUGGAGGAUCUAUGAUGGUGGUUAUUUUAAGCUUCACCUAACAUACUCUCGUCAUACCGAUCUGAUUGUAAAGGCACAUAACGAUAGAAGCUGAGAUUACACUAUUACGGACUCAGGGCACACUAUCAGUUCCGCAAGCUCAAGGCUUGCCUGGUGUUCCUACCACCAGCUGGCAAAGUGAUCCUCUGGCUGCGUCAGUGUAUGGCGGCAACGAAUUUGCCGCUGGUGCUCCAUCGGCAAUCCCUAAUGGGCAAAUGCCGGCUUGGGAUCCUACUACCAUGCCGGGGGGAGCCUAUGGAGCGACUACAAGCUCGUACCCUCCUGGCCAAACAUAUGCACCGCCACCUUUUUCCCAGUUUCCAUCCACUGCGGCAGUUUCGCAGCCGAUGCCUCCUUACGGGGCUCCUCCCAAUGCAUGGCCUCCCGCGACAUCCUCGGGUCAGCCUGCUUACUACUCUUCAUGAACUGUUUAACGUCCUUUGUUAUUUUCAACAUCACAAAAGUGCUACAUGAAAGUCUUCUCCAAGGGGGAGUUUAUUAGUAGUAACUUGUGAUUUUCUUGUGUUUACAAUGAUUUGUUUAUUGUUAGUUGAUACACCUAAGCACAAUUCCUCCUCGUUCUCACCCAGUGUGAGACCUCAAGACCAGGUCUUUUAGGACCAAACAAGCCUCGAUCGGAAAUUUAUAGGCUAUAUAUAUAAUGUCUUUUUUCUGAGGGAAACUUAACGAGGCAAAUGUAGUAGUGUAAUACAUGAGCUACCUUACAGUAUGUCGUAACUCGUAAGGAUCAAACAGCUAUCUAAGUGGCAAAAGAAAUCUCCAGAAUGGAGGGGGGUGGUUGCACUGCUCUAACGCAAUUUAGCUGAUACUGGGCAUAAUUGUCAACUGCGAACUGCAGGCGGAUACUCGGCAAAAUUGUCAACUGCGAACUGCAGGAAGAAUAAUCAACUGUACUAACGCUUGGGCGAAAUUUGUGCUUUUUAGGCUUUUGGCCGACAAUCUUAGUUUGUAGCUGUGCGUGUACGUUCGUGUGCUCGCUUUAAUUUCAUUGGGCAUAUAAAUAAACAUUUGAUGGUGAUAUGGCGGUUCGUGUAA